CGGGAGGGAAGCACGAGGCCGAAGCCGGCUGCUGGGCUCCGCAGCGCAAACAGCGCAGCGCGGCGCCCGGGCCCCGGCCCCAUGCCCGCAGCCCCGCCGGACCGCCCUUGAGCGCGGGCAUUACGCCCGCGCCCCCUACCCGCCGGCACCAUUGCCCCGACGGUGCGGCCGGGUGGCCCGGCUCUCCCCAGGCUCCGCGCCGGCCGGAAAACGCUGCUGGCAGCCGCCGCGGGCGUGGUGAUGCUGCUCGUGCUGGUGGUGCUCAUCCCGGUGCUGGUGAGCUCGGGCGGCCCGGACGGCCACUAUGAGAUGCUGGGCACCUGCCGCAUGGUGUGCGACCCCUACCCUGCGCGGGGCCCCGGCGCCGGCGCGCGGUCCGACGGCGGCGACGCUCUAAGCGAGCAGAGCGGUGCGCCCCCGCCCUCCACGCUGGUGCAGGGCCCCCAGGGGAAGCCGGGCCGCACCGGCAAGCCGGGCCCCCCCGGGCCUCCAGGGGACCGGGGCCCUCCUGGUCCUGUGGGACCGCCCGGGGAAAAGGGUGAGCCAGGCAAGCCUGGUCCUCCUGGCCUGCCGGGUUCAGGAGGCAGCGGCGCCAUCAGCACGGCCACCUAUACCACGGUGCCACGCGUGGCCUUCUAUGCCGGCCUCAAGAACCCUCAUGAGGGUUACGAGGUGCUCAAGUUUGACGACGUGGUCACCAACCUAGGCAACAACUACGAUGCGGCCAGCGGCAAGUUUACAUGCAACAUUCCUGGCACCUACUUUUUCACCUACCACGUUCUCAUGCGCGGCGGCGACGGCACCAGUAUGUGGGCGGACCUCUGCAAGAACGGCCAGGUGCGGGCCAGCGCCAUCGCCCAGGACGCAGACCAGAACUACGACUAUGCCAGCAACAGUGUGAUCCUGCACCUGGACGCAGGCGAUGAGGUCUUCAUCAAGCUGGACGGAGGCAAAGCGCACGGUGGCAACAGCAACAAAUACAGCACGUUCUCUGGCUUCAUCAUCUAUUCAGACUGAGCCCCUGCACCCCUUUCAAUCCGUUGCUCUUCAUCCCUGGGGCUCCCCUCUCCGGAGAGGCAAAUGAGAACCCAUUCCCUACUCAUUUUCAAAUUGCCUGGCCCAGGCUGAAUCGCCCCCAGCCCGCCUCCAACCACCCAGUCCAGGCCUUUACUCCUUGGAGCGCUAAAUCCCCUCUCCGGCUCUCCCCCCCCCCCACCCGCACGCAGUUCCGGCCCGGGUGGCAGGUCGCCUUCCUGGUCCCAGCCUGCACUGUAUAUGUGUACAAUAGGACUGUUUACUGCCCACCCCGUCCAGCCAGCCAGCCCCAGUCUGGGGGGCGGGGAGUUGGCGCUGUUGCUUCCUGCGGAGUGACCCCGCCUCGGGGAGAAGCGGGUUAGGGGCUGGAUAACUUCCCAGCACCCACAAAA